GCACUUCACAUGCGACUCCUACGUGUGCCACCUCUCACCAGUUCCGGGUAGCAGAAACGGCGCUUGUUCCUGGAGCUGCCUGUGUUUUGAAAGGAUAUCGAAACGCAUGAUCUUUUGUGUCAAAAACGUAAUUAUUGAUUAAAUAUCAAAACAUGGCGGUGAACACAGGCACGUCCCUGGUUCUGUCCAGUCUGUUCUCUGUGUUGGUGUUUGCUGGGAUGCAGAUGUUCAGCAGACAGCUGGGCUCUACAGAGUUGCUCACCAUCCUGGGAGGCUUCCUGGGCUCUGUCCUCUUCAUCUGCUCCCUCACUGCCUUCAAUAACCUGGAAAACCUCAUCUUCGGCAAGGGAUUCCAGGUCAAGAUCUUCCCAGAGAUCCUGGUGUGCCUGUGCCUCUCUCUGUUUGCCUCUGGGCUGGUGCACCGUGUGUGUGUCACCACAUGUCUGAUAUUCUCUCUGUUCGCCCUCUACUACAUCAACAAAGUGUCUGCUGCUCUGUACCAGGCAGCCGUUCCCACGGUAAUGCCAGCCAAGGCUGCCAGCAAGGGCAAGAAAAAGAACUAAGUCACUAGUUAGAUCAAACUUUCAUACCGUCAUCCAAUCAGCAUCCAGUACAACGGCUAACCAGGCAAGGGAGAAAUGGUGUAGCUUAGCCAAUGACAGCGUACCCCAGUUUCCUUUUUGUAGGUCGUGCCAAUCAGCAUUCUUACACAUUUUCCUUGACUUCUUAACUCUAUGAUCACUGAUCUCCAAGGACUGGACAUCUCUCAGCAGUAUAGAUAGCCCGAGACCUACCCAGCCCAUCCAUACACUGUUCUCAGCAGUCAUGAGGCCUGGGGUGGAGGAAAGGAAGCAGUUUGGGAUCUAGCCAGAAUCAUGUCUCUACAUUCCCUACAUCAUCCCCAUGUACUGUGCACUUGUUUCAAGCUGCUUGUUCACAGAUCCAUAUUUUUGAUUGCCGUCCUUUUUGUUUUGGUAUGAAAACUUUUGUUAAUGAAUUUGUAAUUAAAACCCAUUGAAAAUAG